AUGAAUGAGCAAAAUGAUCUGAUUGAAAAACUAAACAAACUUCAAAUCGCAAUACAGAGGGCAUGUCCAAAAGUAGAAAAGAAGUCAAAUGAAGAGCAUCUAGAAAAGAAGAAACAAAAUAAGUCGGCAGCUAGUCAAAAAAGAACAAAAUUAUCUGAAAAUGAGCAAAACCGUAUCGAAAAACAAUUUGUAAACUAUUUAAUGGAGCAAAAACUCAAUGAUACCAUUAAAAAAAUUAUGUUAACGAAAAAUAUGCAAAUUUGGAGAAAGAAACUCGGUCGAAAAGUACUUCUUAGAGGUAUUGGUAAUCAAAAUACAUCACAAAGAAAGCCUAAAGGCAAACAGAAAGGAACAUCUAAGAAAUCACAAACAGAACCGAUAGAGGAGCCAAAAUCACAAGAAAUGACUCAACAAUCUUACAAUCCGACUGAAGAAGAGGAGAAUACAGAAGAGAUUUUAGAAUUUGCUAACAAAAUAAUUGAAGAAAAGAAGAAACAAAUGAAAAACUUUGAUGACGGAAUAUAUUCACCACAUAUUUACGAAAACCAAAACGAUGUGCCAAGUUCACAGCCGGAACUCAGUGAAACAACUGCUCUUUUAUCUGAUGAACAACACAUUAUUAAAAAUCCUUUCAUUGUUUCGAAAACUCUUGAUUUCUCAGAUUCAGAUGAUGAAUUUUUACACUCAAAUGGCAAUAACAAUAAGCGCGUUCCUACUCCGAUCGAAGAUGUUUCUCCAAUUGAUCCAAAAUCCGAAACAUUGAAUUCAGAACAAGAUUUUCAAAGAAAAACUAAACCAGUAGACCUUGAAAAGACAACAGACAGAGUAUUAAUCAACAAAGAAAUUCUUAAUGAUAAAAGUAGCUCAUCAUCAAGAUCGGUUUCUAGUUCAGUUAUCUUUGAAACACAAAGUGGAAAGAAGAAACCGAAAUUCUCAUUCAAAAAUGAUGAUUUGUUUGCAAUCUCUCCUUCAGAGUCAUCAUCAAUCAAGCAGCCUUCUUCAAGUGUUAGUUCCACUAAAGUUCCUUCUUUUCCACCUGACCAAAACUCAACAAACUCACUCAUUAAAAGAGUUAAUAAUGCAAUCAAUUUAUCAUCUUCUGGAACAGAUAAAUUCGAUAGCCUUGUUGAAAAAGCACAAAAACUCUUAAUGGAAUCAUCUCAGAAUAUCGAAGAAGAAGAUGAUGAAAGACCAGAAGAAAGAAUACCUCUUGAAAAAGUUGAAUUACCUCCAGUUGAAAUUGAAAAUGAAAAAAUUCCAAAAGAAAAUUCUGAAAUUGCCUCAGUAAAUAGCACUCCUAUUAAUUCUGCUCAGUCCACUCCUUCUAAAGAAAGUUCAUUGAAUUCUCCUCAGCCGAUUUCUCCUGAAAGUUCUAAAAACAAUGAUUCUGUUACUGAUAAGAAUUCUGGAACAGAAAGUACCGAAUUAAAGAACAAUUCAAACUCAAUGAUGGAUUCAAUAAACACUCCAAGCGAAGAUGAAGACAUUGCUGAGUUUGAACGUCGUAUUUCUGCUUUAACUUCAUCAUCAAGAGCAGCAAUCAUCCUUGACGAUGAUGGUGAAGUUAUUGACGUUGAUAAUUAUUUGAAGACAAUUGGAUAUCAGUUGAACAAACCUCAGGAUAUUACUAAAAUUGAACCAGAUGCUGUUAUUGAAGAUGAUGACGAUGAUGAAGAAAAGAUUGACAGAGAAUUAGCUGCUUUGCAGAAGAGUCUGAGAAAAGCAAUUGAUUCUACAUCACAUGCUGAUGAUCAUGAUGAUGAUAUUGAAGAUUUCGAGUAUAGAAUUUCAAAAUUAAUGUUGUAA